AUGUACACAACUCUGCAGGAAUUGAAAACGUUUGAGGAGCCAUUGGGCGUCCGCAGAGCGGACGGCACUAUCGAGUCCAUGCCUGGUGGACUCGGCCAGGGCAAUUGGCUCGAGCGACGCCAGAGAACAAUUGAGUUCAAGGAAGAAGAGCCUACGGCCCUUAUUGUCGGAGCUGGCCAGGCAGGUCUCAACAUGGGCGCUCGGCUCAAUUCUCUCGGGAUAUCGCAUCUCAUCGUCGACCGGAACGAACGUAUCGGAGAUAAUUGGCGGAAGCGCUAUAGGACCCUCGUAACCCAUGACCCUGCAGAAUUCACCCACAUGGCAUACCUUCCCUUCCCGAAGAAUUGGCCGCAAUUCACCCCCAAGGACAAACUCGCCGACUGGUUCGAGGCUUAUGCUUUGAUCAUGGAACUGAAUGUUUGGCUUCAGACCUCUAUCAAAUCUGCUGACUACGAUGAUGCUCAGAAGCAGUGGACUGUGGUGGUCGUCCGCGGCGAUGGGAGCGAGCGCACGCUGCACCCACGCCACCUGAUCUGGUGCACGGGGCACUCGGGCGAGCCCUUGGUUCCUAGCUUCCCCAAUCAGUCGCAAUUUAAGGGCACAGUAUACCACGGCAGCCAGCACAGCGAUGCAUCCCACUACGACGUAGCAGGCAAAAGGGUCGUCGUGGUCGGUACUGGAAACAGCGGUCAUGAUAUUGCGCAAAACUAUUGCGAGAACGGUGCGCAGGUGACUAUGUUACAACGACGCGGGACCUAUGUCAUUACCGUGGAGAAGGGUAUCUUUAUGAUGCAUGAGGGUCAACACGAAGAUCACGGACCUCCUACCGAAGAGGCCGACCUGCUUCACGAAUGUCUACCAUUUGCUGUCCAAUUUGCCUUGGGGGAGCAUUUCACCAAGCGCGUGGCACACGCCGAGCAAGAUCUUCUCAGUGGCCUUGAAAAGGCUGGUUUCGCACUGGACUUUGGCGUCAACGGUGCUGGUCUUGGCCGUGCGUAUAUGACUCGCGGCGGCGGAUACUACAUUGAUGUCGGCUGCAGCCCGCUCAUCGCGUCGGGAAAGAUCAAGGUCAAGCGUAGCCCGGAGGGAAUCUCUCAUUUCACGGAAUCCGGUCUUAUUUUGAAGGACGGGUCAGCCUUGCCGGCCGACGUCGUUGUCCUCGCCACUGGUUACGACAACAUGCGCACGACGGUACGGAAAGUUCUGGGUGACCGUGUUGCGGACCGAUGUCGCGAUGUCUGGGAUCUCGAUGAGGAGGGAGAAAUUAAUGCCAUGUGGCGCCCCAGCGGCCAUCCUGGAUUCUGGUAUAUGGGCGGAAACCUCGCCUUGUGCCGGAUCUACUCUAAGUUCCUGGCUUUGCAGAUCAAGGCUAUUGAAGCUGGCUUGGUGAGUGAGGGUGAGCAGGUACAGGCUCAGGCGAAAUUGUGA